UUUUUAAUCAGUUUAAUAUCACGUAUAUACACAAGAUGCUUACCAAACAAUGCAUCCGCACCGUGGUUCAACACCUAGCUGGUUCACGUUACAUGUCCACGGCUCCAGCCGGAGCUCAAUCCUGCAGCAGAAAGGUUCGUCCCAUCAGCAAAAUGUGUGGCUGGCAGAUACAUUCGUACGGCAGUCUGGAUGAAGUUGAAUACAGCGACAAUCUGAAGAUGCCGAUCAUAACAUCACCAAAUCAACUGCUGGUCAAGGUGACGGCUUCAUCCGUAAAUCCAAUUGAUGUUGCAAUGAUUAAGGGUUACGGAGCAGCAGUACUGAACAGAAUGCGAUCCGAAAUCAAUAUCGAAUUUCCGUUAACGCUGGGUCGGGAUUUCUGCGGAGAAAUUGUUCAGAAAGGUCUAGGCGUAUCUAGUCGUGAUUUGGAUGUUGGAGAUGAGGUGUGGGGCGUUUGUCCUGUUCAGCAGCAAGGCUCUCAUGCAGACUACGUUGUAGUGGACCGAUAUUGCCUUUCAAAGAAACCGGAAAAUCUCACCAAAGUUGAUGCCAGUGCAGUGCUGUAUGCAGGUCUGACAGCAUGGUCUGGGUUAUACCUAACGGGGCAGCUAGGCAAUUUGAUCGGUGCGAUUUCACCGGUCGGCGGUGGACGAGGUAAAAAGGUGCUGGUUCUUGGGUCGGCAGGUGGCGUAGGAACAUUGGCAGUACAGAUGUUACUGGCCGAAGGUGUUGAAGUGUACGCAACGUGUUCAACAGACGCCAUGGAAAUGGUGCAAAAUCUGGGCGUCGAUUACAUAUUCGAUUACACUGAUCCUGCUCAUGUACAGAAUUUAUCACAUGCUGGAAAAUUUGACAUAGUCCUGGAUUGCGCCGGGAAAGGAACAGAAUACGCUACGACUGUACCGUGGAGGUUCGAACAGUACAUCACGUUCAAUUCACCUGUUCUGAAGAAUAUAGAUGAUAAUGGAUUUGCCACCGGUAUGUAUCAGAAUGCCAUCAGCAUGGUUCGCAAUAAUAUGGCUUCGGUUACUGCGCAGAAUGGACUGGUAAAAUGGGGCUAUUUUGUUCCGGCUCCGCAAGGCAUCGCAUACCUGCAGAAGUUGGUUGAAAAGGGAAAGCUGUUGCCCAUAAUCGAGAAAGUAUUUCAAUUUGAUCGUACAUCGGAUGCGUAUGCUCGUGUGGAAGAAAAACACCUGAGGGGAAAAAUUGUGAUAGAUUACAACUGAAAAGACGAAUAAAGAUGUAGUUGUAUGGUUACUGUUAUAUUUUACGUGCAUUAUCGAAAUAAAAUCCUAUUAAUAAUACAUCGCAAAUCAAACCUACCAAUGUCCUCAGAUCUGAAAAUUUUACAAAUAAAACUGUUACACAACACUCAAUCAAAGUCCUUUGCACAAGGAAAGUGCCUAGAUUUCCUUAUCUGUGCAAAACGUAAUCGGUACAACCUGAGGUGCAUCUACGGACGAGGUUUGCGCGGGUACCUUCAACAAGCUCAAUGUGACUUCUAGAUGUCCAUAAGAGCAAAAAUAUCAAACGCUGAUUAGCUG